AUGCACUUUUCUACUUUGGUGCUGGCCCUCGCCCCGGCCGUCGCGCUCGCCCAGGGCAACCUCUGGGACCAGUGUGGCGGAAACGGCUGGAAUGGCCCCACGACUUGCGUCUCAGGCGCAACCUGCCAGUACAUCAACGACUGGUACUCCCAGUGCCUUCCUGGAUCUGGCGGUGGUGAUCCUGAUCCUGAUCCUCCCGAGCCCGAGCCAACGAAUGGAGGCGGUGGUGGUGCCGGCCUGCACGACAAGUUCAAGGCCAAGGGCAAGCUCUUCUUCGGCGCCGAGAUGGACCACUACCACCUCAACAACAACCCGUUGACGACGAUUGUCAAGCAAGAGUUUGGGCAAGUGACCCACGAGAACAGCAUGAAGUGGGAUGCCAUUGAGCCCAGCCGCAACCAGUUCACAUUCUCCAACGCCGACGCCGUCGUCGACUUUGCCCAGGCCAACGGCAAGCUCGUCCGCGGCCACACCCUGGUCUGGCACUCGCAGCUGCCGCAGUGGGUGAAGAACAUUGGCGACCGCAAUACCCUGACCCAGGUCAUUGAGAACCACGUCACCACCAUGGUCAACCGCUACAAGGGCAAGAUCGUCCACUGGGACGUGGUCAAUGAGAUCUUUGCCGAGGACGGCAACCUCCGUGACAGUGUUUUCAGCCGCGUUCUCGGUGAGGACUUUGUCGGCAUCGCCUUCCGCGCCGCCCGCGCCGCCGACCCCGACGCCAAGCUCUACAUCAACGACUACAACCUCGACAUUGCCAACUACGCCAAAGUCACCCGCGGCAUGGUCGAUCACGUCAACAAGUGGCUGGCCCAGGGCAUCCCCAUUGACGGCAUCGGCUCCCAGGCCCAUCUGGCCGGCCCGGGUGGCUGGAACCCGGCCUCGGGCGUGCCCGCUGCCCUUCGCACCUUGGCCGCCUCCAACGUCAACGAGGUGGCCAUCACCGAGCUCGACAUUUCCGGCGCCGCCCCCAACGACUACCUCACCGUCAUGAACAGCUGCCUCGAGGUGUCCAAGUGCGUCGGCAUCACCGUCUGGGGCGUCUCGGACAAGGACAGCUGGCGCUCGGACACCAACCCCCUCCUCUACGACCGCAACUACCAGCCCAAGGCGGCGUACAACGCCCUGAUCAACGCUUUACCGCGGGUAGCUGUGGUCGUGGCCCUCGAUCUUGACAUAUCGAAGCAGACCUGGGAUCCCAGCACAGGUCCAGAUCCGACCCGUCACACCAUUGCCAAGAUCCGUGAUCGUGGACGUGGGAGGGGACCUCCACGGCCGUCACCUGGCGCCGACCAAGCCACCACCGUGGGCGUUGCCGGCGGGGAACACAGUGAUCAUGUCCGGGUUGAUGCUCUCGUCGGCAAAAUUGGUCUUGGCCUCGAAGCCGGCCGGGUGCUUCGCCAGAGACAUGGUACGUGA